UGUGUGCCCGGGCGGCAGCUCCAGAAUGGCAUGAGUGCGUCUUUAGCAUUUAUCUUCCAGAACUGUCUUGGUUAGUGUCAGCAGUGGGAUCAGACCAGGCCCCUGGCCCAGCAGCUCCCUCCCCCCUGAGGAUCGGGCCCAGGGACCCCCCAGCGAUGGUGCUUAUCCGGAUCGCAAGCGUCACCCUGGCUCUGCUCAGCUCGGCGCUGCUGGUGGUGGCCCUGGUCACAGACAACUGGGUGAAGGUUAAUGAAGCAGAGGGGAGUCAUCUUGGGCUGUGGAAGAUCUGUGUGUCACAGAUUUGCAUCUUGCGUCUAACCAGAGUACCAGGUUUCUUCCACACCAGCAGGUUUUUCAUGAUUCUGGCCAUGUUCACCGGGUUUCUCUCCUUCUUCGCUCUCAUCGCCUCCUUCGUUUGCUCCCACUUUCGCUCCGUGUCCCUGACCCUGAUCUCCACCAUGGGCAGCUUCAGUGCAGGUGUCUGUGCCAUGAUCGCGCUGGCCGUGUUCACCAGUGCUGAUUGCCAGCUCGUCAUGCCAGGAAUCCUCUCCUACAGUUGGUCCUACGGCCUGGGCUGGCUGUCCUGCUUCCUGUAUCUUGGAACUGGUGCGGUAACGCUGCUCACCCCGGGAUCCUCUUACAGCCGAGUGUGAGGCCCACGCCGCCCCCUAGGGAUGGAGCUG